GCCGAGCGGUAGACCUCGCCAGGACUAAAAAUGGCGGAGUCGGUGCUAGAAGAUGUCCGAAAGCUGCAGUCUCGGCUCACUAGCUCUUCGGAACCGAAGAAGCUGAUGAAAAGUUUGAAGAGACUUUCUGAACUGCCAAUCACCAUAGAAAUUCUUCUGGAGACUGGAGUCGGAAAGACUGUGAACGGUUUACGAAAACUUGAACAGGUUGGAGACUUUGCCAAGAACUUGGUGGCAAGAUGGAAGAAGCUUGUGCCAGUUUCACAGGAAACAGAGCGGCAUAAUCUUGAACCUACAGAACAGGGCCAUGACCGAAACAUCUCUAGGAAACGACAGCGAGACCUGUUGCCCAAAGAAGAGAAAGAGGCCUACUCAGAGACAUAUCAGCCUUCUUGUAGCCAGUCCUACGAGUCGGAUUGUGGAGCUAAAAAGGCCAAGAGGUAUUCAGACCCAGAAAAAUCCCAUCACGAUGUAAGCUAUGGUAUUCCAGAAGACAGGUCAUGGAGGAGAGAGUCCUCUGACCAGGAAUGCUCUGACUAUGGACAUGCAGUCUCAUCUGAGCUCAGCGAAAGUCCUCAGGAACUAUAUAUGGACCUCUAUCAUGCUGAAGAACAAGAGAGGGAGCAAAAAUCCUUGUCCCGAAAGGGGAUUAAAAGCCACCAGUUUCAGGACAGACAAGAAGUGACUCAUCAUAGGAAUUUCAGUGACUCUCAAGAGAAAGCCAGCACAAGUCGGAGCAAAGAGCCUAAAUCUUCUCACAAAGAGAGGCAGCGGCCAGAAGCCAAGGGGGAAGAGAAGGCUCCCGUAGUUAGCUCAGAGAAACUGCCAAAGAGUUCUUUGUCCCAUGAAGCUUCUUUAUCAAGCUGCAGCAAGGAGAAGCUGAAGGUCCCGGACAGCCUCAAACGAGACAAGAAAAAAGAUGGCAGCGGCGUCAAGAAACAUAAGGCCUACUUUGACUUGGAGGAUAGCUUGAAUGAACAUAGGAAGAAACAAAAAACUCACGACACGGAAAGGGCCAAACCUGAAAAGAUGAAACUUAGCAUGGAAACCGUACCUGGAGAUCAGGAGAAACCGAAACCUGAAGGAGAUUUGCCUAAUAAGAGCAAGGAGAAGAAGAGCUCCAGCAGCUUUAAAACUUCUGAGGGCAAACCCAAAGUCCUUGAAUCAAACAAAAGACCUGCAGGCUUCUCACCUCCCAGAGAGAGAGAGGUGGAGGAUGAGUAUGAACAGCCCACCAUGUCCUUUGAGUCCUACCUGAGUUACGACCAGCCUCAGAAGAAGAAAAGGAAGCUGGCCAAGCCUGCUACAGCUCCAGUCCCAGAGAAAGGACAUAGCAGCAAGCAGAACGGUUCCAAGUCAAGUGCCAAGAGCUCGGACGCAAGCCGGAAAGCUUACAAGCAACCGAGCGAGAAGAAGCCGGUGGAGGCGUCUGCAUCGAAAGCAAAAAAAAUACUCAUUGAUGUGGUGCCAAUGCUUCCUGACAUUCCAUUGCCUCCAAUCCAGGCAACUUAUCGCCCUCUUCCUUCACUUGACACAAUCUCAUUCACCCAACCAAAGAGGAAAGCCCUCUCCUCCCCGACUGAAGAGGAUGAGGCUGGUUUCACAGGACGUCGGCUGAAUUCCAAGAUGCAGGUGUACUCGGGCUCCAAGACGGCCUAUCUUCCGAAGAUGAUGACUCUCCAUGAGCAGUGCAUCCGGGUGCUCAGCAAUAAUAUUGACUCCAUCUACGAAGUGGGCGGUGUCCCAUAUUCUGUACUUGAGCCUGUUUUGGAACGCUGCACUCCAGAGCAGUUGUAUCGCAUUGAGGAGUGCAAUCACGUUUUAACAGAAGACACAGAUCAGUUGUGGCACAAUCAUUGCCAGCGUGAUUUCAAGAAGGAGAAGCCAGAUGAGUUUGAGAGCUGGAGGGAAAUGUACCUAAGGCUACACGAUGCUCGAGAGCAACGACUUCUGAUGCUAACCCAAAACAUCCGUUCAGCUCAUGCCAAUAAACCCAAAGCCAGAGUAGCUAAGAUGGCAUUUGUCAACUCAACAGUCAAGCCACCCCGGGAAGUGAGGAGAAGACAAGAAAAGUUUGGGACUGGAGGAGCGGCUGUCCCAGAGAAGAUCAAAAUCAAACCUGUAUACUUCACACCAACUAAAAGCAGCAGCGUUCACACGGAAGAGGAACAGGAUUACGACAGGCCCAGUACUAGUAGCGGCCCCUCAGGCUCAUCCCUGGGCAGCACUUCAUCAGUGACCUAUGAUCCAAGGAAGCCCCCGGUGAAGAAAAUUGCACCUAUGAUGGCCAAGACUAUCAAAGCUUUCAAAAACAGAUUUUCUCGACGAUAGAGGAACUGUCAGGCUCCAGUGAAUGCGAAGGAAAAAGAUUUUUUAUGGAAGCAGUGCUUACAGGAAAAUGGGGAGUUUUUGGGGAGUCCCCCAAACACCUGUUUAAGACCAACUGCACAGUAUUGUUCAAAACCACCUUCCAGUUUCCUCCCUUUGUCCCCGUAAUUUUUGUUUUUAUCUGCCAAGCGUUUUGCAUAUGUGAAGUUUGGCACCUGGCUGAGACACGAAGGUCCACAAACUAUAGCGCUUUCUUCGGUCUCUCUUUUUCUGGAUUCCAGAAUGGAAAGAGUACAGCCUUCCACCAUCUGCAGUGUUUUUUGUUGUUUUUUUUGUCACCCCUCGGCCAGUUGUAAGACUUCAGAUCUGCCUCUUCUAGUGUCCACUGUGAAAGACCCAUCUAUUUUGCAGAUACUGUUCAUGAUUAGCAACUGCUGCUAAAGGACCUCUUGGGACUUUUACAAUCUUGGUCAACCUUCCGGCAAGUGAUUUCCCCAAACAACAUUUUUCUCCUCCUUUCUGUUUUUCAGUCGCAGCUCUUAAGUGUUCAUCUCACGCCUGAAACCCUUUGUGCCAGAUACAAGCUGAUUGGCCUUUCUAUACGGGGACAUCUGUUCACUUGGCAAAGGAAAAAUAAUAAUAAUAAAGUAAGAAAUGGGUACACGUUAUUUUAAACUCGUAGGAGAAAAAAAAGCAGCACAACUCAGGAAGCGAAGAAUAAGUCACUUUGCACAAAUCUGGAUUUCAAGCAUUCAUGUGAGGUUUCUUUAUUUUAAAAAUGUAUAGUGACGGUAAGGGGGACAAGUUCUCCCCUCCCCAUUUUAAAUUGAAAACAAGGAUUUACAUUAGAUUUUCCUCUUCGAUUCCUCUGGUUUUAACAAACAGAGCAGGCACUUUAAUUCCCUGAUACACUUUAAAGAGCUCAAUUGACAAAAUGUCACACAUCUAGGUGCUCUCUAUGGGGGAUUCUGGGAAUUGAAGUGACAACAAGUUGGAUUAGAAAUCAUUUCCAUGGAAAGGAUUGUAGGAACCUCCAGUUCAUUUGUUCUUCUCUAAUGUGGAAGGUGUUUUUAUUUUAUUUAAUGUUCUUUUAAUGUUGUUUUAAAUUUAGGCAAACGUUACAUGAAUUGGUUUUUAACUUCAUUUUGGAACCUUUUUAAUGGGUGGGAAUACAGAAAGGACUCAGUUGCUGAAUUAUGACAACUCUUCAAUCCCUCUGGUUUUAACAGCAGAGCAGGCACUUUAAUUCACUGUUACCCUUUAAAGAGCUCCAUUGACAAAACUUCACUCAUCUAGGAGUUUUGUUAUGUCCCGGAACAGAAAAGAUAGGCCAAGCCAAGGAGGCAGGUUUUGGUCUGGAGUGACAGGCAUCCGUUAUGGAAUAAUCUAAAGAACAUUUCAUGCACAGAACAAGCCAGGGGGAAGAACGGUUUUGAGAGUGGUCUACCUGUCUCAAUGCUUAUUGGCUGCUGUUGUUUUAGUCCUGCAGGGGACACUGAGCUGAGGAUCUUAUCUUUGCUGAUGUUGAUAGGUGUGUGUUGUGGAGGGGAAAGACAGACCUAGUUUUGGAAGGCUUGAUGGUGUGUUUCCCUAGUGCUACCGCUGGUUGGAUGAAUGUUGAUGUCCAUGUGUUUUAUGAAGGAAUCUGGCCUCUUCCUGAUAAUAAGGAUGGAGUGAAAAGAGAUCCACCAUUCAGUGCCAUCAUUCAGUGCCACCAUUCAGAACUCUGGCCUUUGGAUUUUCUGCUGAUGCCCAGGUUAUCAUGGGGUGUAGCAGUCACAAAAGCCCUAUUAACUUUAAAAACCACUUAUUCUCCAUAAAUGUAAAGCUGGAGGGGAUAUGUAGGGUGUGCCAUAUGGGAUAAAACAACUCUCUUGAUGUUCUCUGUCCAAUCAAACAAACAAUUUCCCCUGAAGUUCAAAAACCCAAGAAAAAACAGCGCCUUUUUAAAAAACCAUCAUGUAAUUAAAAUUUUAUAUGCAUUUAUAUGUAUUUUGUAUACAUAUGUAUAUAUAUACAUACACAAAAUAUGUGUGUAUGUACACAUACAAAAUGCAUAUAAAUUUUUAAUUAUGGUAUGUGCAUUUUGUGUAUGUAUUUAUGUGUAUAUGUACACAUACAUAUGUAUGCGUAUAUAUGUGUGUGUGUAUAUAUUAGAUAGAGAUAUAGAUAGAGAUAGAGUUAGGGAUAGAGUUAGAGAUAGACAUAGAUAGACAUAGAGUUAGAGAUAGACAUAGACAUAGAGUUAGAGAUAGACAUAGAUAGACAUAGAUAGAAAGACAGACAUAGAUAGACAUACAGAUAGAGAUAGAGAUAUAUACACACACAUAUAAACACGCAUACAUAAAUAUGUAUGUGUACAUACAUAUACACAUACAUAAACAAUAUGUGUAUUUGUGCAUAUAUACACACUCAUACACAAAAUGUCUAUAAAAUACAACACCUUAACAUUUUGUGUAUGCACCUUGAUUUAUGUAUGUUCACACACAAACAAACAUACCACAUGCAUAUAAAGUUUAAAUAUAUGAUGGUUUUUUUUUAAAGGCGCUGUCUCCCUCAUGCAGGUUUGGAGCUGAUUUUAAAUCCCCAGCAACUUUGUGCAGCAUUUUAACUUAAAGGCGGAUUGGUGCUGCUGGAUUUGCAAAAAAUGCUCCUUUCACUUUGCUGUACUUAAUUUUGUGGUAUUUGGCUUACUGAUAUAUUCUUCUGCCGUUGUUGUAUGUGGCGUAUUUUCUCCUUUUUGUUGUUGGAUUUGGUGGUAAGAGGAGAGCCCAGGAAACUUCCCAACCACAGAAGGGGAAAGGAAAUUCACAAGAGUCUUGUUGGUCCAACCGUUAGCUAUAAAAAUUGAUGGAUGGUUUUCCCCAACCGUUUUUUUUCCCAUUCAAGGAAAUACCUGGAGAACUUGAAAUAAUCAACAUGCUGGCUGGAGCCGCUGUCACAUUUUUGUUUUGCGAUGGGCUUACUAUGGGACACCAUUCGCAACCUGAGGCCGUACUUCCCAGUUGUGCAGGAUUUGAAUGCCCAUUAACCCCUGCUGACUACAAGUUAUGGGGUUUCCUCUCCAAUGUAUCUGGAGGAGGCCGAUGGUAGGAAAGGUUGGCUAAUGCCAUCGUGACACCUUUUCAUAGCACAAACCUAUCACCAGAGGGACUGAUAGCAGGAGUCAAGAGCUUGUGUCAACUCUAGGUACUAUGGGCUCAUCAAUGAUGGGCAAUUCCCUUUAAAUGCAGUUUUUGUAGCCUUAAUGGGCAAGAAGAACACUUGUAGAUUAACCACUGCACUGUUGGUACUGUUAACGGGUGAAACCAUUGGCUAAAUUCCACUAUAAUACUUUGGACUAAUUGAUUACCGUAUCUGAUUAACAUCAGAGAUCAAAUUAUGUUCUGCAAGCUUACCCAAGCAGGGAUAUUCCAGAUGUUUUAAUCAAUUCCCACAUUCUUUCCCAGUGCUCUCUAAGGGGGAUUCUGGGAAUUAAAAAGUGACAACACCUCAAGUCUGAUUAGAAAUCAUUUCCAUGGAAAGGAUUGUAGGAACCUCCAGUUCAUUUGUCCCUCUCUAAUGUGGAUGGUGUUUUAAUUUUAUUUAAUGUUGUUUUAAAUUUUGGCAAACGAUACAUGAAUUGGUUUUUAAGUUCAUUUUGGAACCUUUUUAACGGGUGGGAAUACAGAAAGGACUCUGUUGCUGAAUUAUGACAACUCUUUGAUCCCUCUGGUUUUAACAGCAGAGCAGGCACUUUAAUUCACUGUUACCCUUUAAAGAGCUCCAUUGACAAAACUUCACUCAUCUAGGAGUUUCGUUAUGUCCCGGAACAGAAAAGAUAGGCCAAGCCAAGGGGGCAGGUUUUGGUCUGGAGUGACAGGCAUCCGUUAUGGAAUAAUCUACAAGAACAUUUCAUGCACAGAACAAGCCAGGGGGAAGAACGGUUUUGAGAGUGGUCUACCUGUCUCAAUGCUUAUUGGCUGCUGUUGUUUUAGUCCUGCAGGGGACACUGAGCUGAGGAUCUUAUCUUUGCUGAUGUUGAUAGGUGUGUGUUGUGGAGGGGAAAGACAGACCUAGUUUUGGAAGGCUUGAUGGUGUGUUUCCUUAGUGCUACGGCUGGUUGGAUGAAUGUUGAUGUCCAUGUGUUUUAUGAAGGAAUCUGGCCUCUUCCUGAUAAUAAGGAUGGAGUGAAAAGAGAUCCACCAUUCAGUGCCAUCAUUCAGUGCCACCAUUCAGAACUCUGGCCUUUGGGUUUUCUGCUGAUGCCCAGGUUAUCAUGAGGUGUAGCAGUCACAAAAGCCCUAUUACUUUAAAAACCACUUAUUCCUCCAUAAAUGUAAAGCUGGAGGGGAUAUGUAGGGUGUGCCAUAUGGGAUAAAACAACUCUCUUGAUGUUCUCUGUCCAAUCAAACAAACAAUUCCCCUGAAGUUCAAAUACCCAAGAAAAAACAGCGCCUUUUUAAAAAACCAUCAUGUAAUUAAAAUUUUAUAUGCAUUUAUAUGUAUUUUGUAUACAUAUGUAUAUAUACACAUACACAAAAUAUGUGUGUAUGUGCACAUACAAAAUGCAUAUAAAUUUUUAAUUAUGGUAUGUGCAUUUUGUGUAUGUAUUUAUGUGUAUAUGUACAUAUACCUAUUUAUGUAUGCGUAUAUAUGUGUGUGUGUAUAUAUUAGAUAGAUAUAGAGAUAGAGAUAGAUAGAGUUAGGGAUAGAGUAGGGGUAAGAAAUAGAUAGACAUAGAGUUAGAGAUAGACAUAGAUAGACAGAGUUAGAGAUAGACAUAGAUAGACAUAGAUAGAAAUAGACAUAGAUAGACAUAGAGAUAGAGAUAUAUAACACACACAUAUAUACACGCAUACAUAAAUAUGUAUGUGUACAUACAUAUACACAUACAUAAACAAUAUGUGUAUUUGUGCAUAGAUAUACACUCAUACACAAAAUGUCUAUAAAAUAUAACACCUUAACAUUUUGUGUAUGCAUGUAUACACCUUGAUUUAUGUAUGUUCACACACAAACAAACAUACCACAUGCAUAUAAAGUUUAAAUAUAUGAUGGUUUUUUUUUAAAGGCGCUGUCUCCCUCAUGCAGGUUUGGAGCUGAUUUUAAAUCCCCAGCAACUUUGUGCAGCAUUUUAACUUAAAGGCGGAUUGGUGCUGCUGGAUUUGCAAAAAAUGCUCCUUUCACUUUGCUGUACUUAAUUUUGUGGUAUUUGGCUUACUGAUAUAUUCUUCUGCCGGUUGUUGUAUGUGGCGUAUUUUCUCCUUUUUGUUGUUGGAUUUGGUGGUAAGAGGAGAGCCCAGGAAACUUCCCAACCACAGAAGGGGAAAGGAAAUUCACAAGAGUCUUGUUGGUCCAACCGUUAGCUAUAAAAAUUGAUGGAUGGUUUUCCCCAACCGUUUUUUUCCCAUUCAAGGAAAUACCUGGAGAACUUGAAAUAAUCAACAUGCUGGCUGGAGCCGCUGUCACAUUUUUGUUUUGCGAUGGCUUACUAUGGGACACCAUUCGCAACCUGAGGCCGUACUUCCCAGUUGUGCAGGAUUUGAAUGCCCAUUAACCCCUGCUGACUACAAGUUAUGGGGUUUCCUCUCCAAUGUAUCUGGAGGAGGCCGAUGGUAGGAAAGGUUGGCUAAUGCCAUCGUGACACCUUUUCAUAGCACAAACCUAUCACCAGAGGGACUGAUAGCAGGAGUCAAGAGCUUGUGUCAACUCUAGGUACUAUGGGCUCAUCAAUGAUGGGCAAUUCCCUUUAAAUGCAGUUUUUGUAGCCUUAAUGGGCAAGAAGAACACUUGUAGAUUAACCACUGCACUGUUGGUACUGUUAACGGGUGAAACCAUUGGCUAAAUUCCACUAUAAUACUUUGGACUAAUUGAUUACCGUUUCUGAUUAACAUCAGAGAUCAAAUUAUGUUCUGCAAGCUUACCCAAGCAGGGAUAUUCCAGAUGUUUUAAUCAAUUCCCACAUUCUUUCCCAGUGCUCUCUAAGGGGGAUUCUGGGAAUUAAAAAGUGACAACACCUCAAGUCUGAUUAGAAAUCAUUUCCAUAGAAAGGAUUGUAGGAACCUCCAGUUCAUUUGUCCCUCUCUAAUGUGGAUGGUGUUUUAAUUUUAUUUAAUGUUGUUUUAAAUUUUGGCAAACGAUACAUGAAUUGGUUUUUAAGUUCAUUUUGGAACCUUUUUAACGGGUGGGAAUACAGAAAGGACUCAGUUGCUGAAUUAUGAAAACUCUUUGAUCCCUCUGGUUUUAACAGUGGUCUAUCUGUCUCGAUGCUUAUUGGCUGCUGUUGUUUUAGUCCUGCAGGGGACUGAGAUGACGAUCUUAUCUUUGCUGAUGUUGAUAGGUGUGUGUUGUGGAGGGGAAAGACAGACCUAGUUUUGGAAGGCUUGAUGGUGUGUUUCCUUAGUGCUACGGUUGGUUGGAUGAAUGUUGAUGUCCAUGUGUUUUAUGAAGGAAUCUGGCCUCUUCCCGAUGAUAUGGAUGGAGGAAAAAGAGAUUCUCCCAAUGGCCUCCUAGUGCCACCAUUCAGAACUCUGGCCUUUGGGUUUUCUGCUGAUGCCCAGGAUAUCAUGAGGUGUAGCAGUCACAAAAGCCCUAUUAACUUUAAAAACCACUCUUUCCUCCAUAAAUGUAAAGGUGGAGGGGAUAUGUAGGGUGUGCCAUAUGGGAUAAAACAACUCUCUUGAUGUUCUCUGUCCAGUCGAACAAACAAUUUCAUCUCAAGUUCAAAUACCCAAGAAAAAACAGCGCCUUUUUAAAAAACCAUCAUGUAAUUAAAAUUUUAUAUGCAUUUAUAUGUAUUUUGUAUACAUAUGUAUAUAUACACAUACACAAAAUAUGUGUGUAUGUACACAUACAAAAUGCAUAUAAAUUUUUAAUUAUGGUAUGUGCAUUUUGUGUAUGUAUUUAUGUGUAUAUGUACACAUACAUAUUUAUGUAUGCGUAUAUAUGUGUGUGUGUAUAUAUAUAUGUAUAUAUUAGAUAUAGAGAUAGAGAUAGAGAUAGAGAUAGAGAUAGACAUAGAUAGAUAUAGAUAUAGAUAGAUAGACAUAGAUAGAGGUAGAUAUAGAUAGAUAUAGAUAUAGAUAUAUACACACACACAUAUACACUCACAUAAAUAUGUAUGUGUACAUACAUACAUAUACACAUACACAAAAUACAUUUGUAUGCGUGUGCAUAGACCCACAUACACAAUACAUGCAUAUAAAGUGCAUGUAAAAUUUUUAAUAUAUGAUGGUUUUUUAAAAAGGUGCUGUCUCCCUCAUGCAGAAGAACACUUGUAAAUUAACCACUGCAAGUUACGGGGUUUCCUCUCUAAUGUAUCUGGAGGAGGCCGAUGGUAGGAAAGGUUGGCUAAUGCCAUCGUGACACCUUUUCAUAGCACAAACCUAUCACCAGAGGGACUGAUAGCAGGAGUCAAGAGAUUGUGUCAACUCUAGGUAUUAUGGGCUCAUCAAUGAUGGGCAAUUCCCUUUAAAUGCAGUUUUUGUAGCCUUAAUGGCCAAGAAGAACACUUGUAGAUUAACCACUGCACUGUUGGUACUGUUAACGGGUGAAACCAUUGGCUAAAUUUCACUAUAAUACUUUGGACUAAUUGAUUACCUUAUUGGAUUGACAUCAUUGUUCAAAUUAUGUACUGCAAGCUUAUCCAAGCAGGCAUAUUCCAGAUGUUUUAAUCAAUUCCCACAUUAUUUUCCCAGUGUUCUCUAAGGGGGAUUCUGGGGAUUAAAAAGUGACAACACUUCAAGUCUGAUUAGAAAUCAUUUCCAUGGAAAAGGAUUGUAGGAACCUCCAGUUCAUUUGUCCCUCUCUAAUGUGGAAGCUGUUUUUAUUUUAUUUAAUGUUGUUUUAAUGUUGUUUUAAAUUUAGGCAAACGUUACAUGAAUUGGCUUUUAACUUCAUUUUGGAACCUUUUUAACGGGUGGGAAUACACAAAGGACUCAGUUGCUGAAUUAUGACAACUCGGCUUCUGAUUCUUGUUGGGGAUCCCACAUAUUUUAAAGUGGGUGCGAUUUUCGGUUGCACACUACACGCAAAAGAGCCAUAGGAAAAUGUGGCCCGCUGCUGCUGCUCCCCCUCCCUGUGUAUACUUCAAACAAAAGGUAAUACAUUUGUCUGUUGAUUGCCCCCUUGUAAAUAAUUUUCUAUUUUACUUUUUUGGUGGUAACUAUCGAGAUAAAUAUUUUAAUUAGAUAACUUAUAAGAAAUGAAUUACAUUGUGUAUCAAUAAAAGCCAAACACUGGAA